CUUCUUCGCAAGGUCGGCUUUUUAGGGAAGACGAAUGCUCUUGGUUUCGAUUCGAUUUCAAAAACUUGACGGCGACAACUUCUUGCCAAUACCAGCACAACCUCUGGCAACUCGGAGAGUCUUCGAAGACAAGCAAGCAUAGCGAUGCCAACCUUCCGUUCUAUUCCGAUACAUCCUUCGGUGAGAUCUCGUCUCCUCCAUACGCAACAGCAGCAACAACACUCCAACGACCACAGCAAAGGCGCGCAAGAUCCAAACGAACCUCGGCAGCAGCAGCAAGAAAGCCAGCAUCCACAGCAUCCACAGCAGCAGCAGCAGCAACAACAACAACAACAACAACAACAACAACAACCACAACAACAUCAGCCCAUCAAGAGCAGCGUGGCAAUACCGCGAUCCUUGUUGACACGCGAUCCAUACGAUUUGGUAGACCUGUUUUCGAACAACAACGGUGAUGGCGCGACAAACGAACAGAAAAUCGCCGGCAUCCGGACGCUUCGAAAUCAGGUCGCCCUCGCCAUGGUGUCACAAACACGAAACGGGAAGCGCCUCCKUCGCCAAAACCCACCGCCACAGUGCGAGGACAACCACCCCCCGCAACAUAAAAAACGCAACCGGCAGCAGKACGAGGAACAGAGCCAGCACGCUCCAUUGAUCCCGGGGGCAUCCAUGAGUCUAAUGCAGGCCUUGAACCUACAACGAGAGCGGACGAAGCCAAGCAACAAUCUUCCGAGGCAACAAGACCAGCGGGGUCUCGAGCUUUUUUCGACGGGAUGCCGCGCCCUAGAUAGUCUGGUUGCCUUUCCCGCCGAAUACUUCUUCUUCUCGUCGUCGUCGUCGUCGUCGUCGUCGUUCGAUAACAAUAGCGAUCCAGAGAAUGUUAGGGCGAUUCAUUGCAACACAAUAGACACGGAUUCUGGAGAAGCCAGGGGAAUUCCCAGGGGUUACGUGUUGCAAUUGUCGGGAACUACGGGCAAGACCCAACUCGCCCUCCAAUUUGCGGCGCAAGCCAUCACACAGCUGUCCCAGCAAUCACCGGGAAGCAACGAAAGAAUUCGUUACUGCUAUAGCACGGCGGGACACUCGGGGUCGUCCCUCGCAAAGCGCCUAUUCSAGCUCCUCGAACAAACMAGCAACAGUGACCACGGAACGCGCAUGGAUGCCGCGAGGAAGAUYGACUUCCAGCCGGUUUCUACGCUGUCACAGCUCACAACGACUCUUGCGAAACUCGAAGAGGAAUGGCUGGAACACACGACAGCACCUGAACAUCAGCAGCAACAAAGAACGCAAGAGGGYCACGGCGGGGGAAAGGGYCCGGUGGCCAUGCUCGUUUUUGACUCCUUGCCAUCGAUGAUGACAGAGAGGGAGGAGACGGAACGAAUACGAUCGCUCGAUCGAUGGCUCAGGAGAAUUGCCAGGCACUAUUCCAUAUGGAUCGUGGUGGUGACCCCUGGUGGUGGAUCGUCGCUUSCGUCGGCGUCGGUCUACGGAAACGCAAUGUCGGCCGAUAUACACCUCGGGCUCCGGAAACAAACCCCCGCGAGGUCCAUCCUUCGUUUGCUCCGGCAUCCAGCAAAAGCCGUGACCGAACAAGAUUCCAUCACCGUUCUGCACAAUUCCAAGUGUGGAAUAACCACCCCCGAGGAAUGAGCCGUGUCAUCGUCGCAUCUCUGUGCGAGYUAUGUUCACCAUGWUAUUUCAGAAUGAAAUUUCAACGGAUAG